CAUAGAUAUUUAACAAAAAUGUUAAGCUUAAAUGAAAUAUCAUGAAUAUUAAUAAACUUUUAUUCUGGACUCUGCUUAUGGGCAACAUCUUUUCGUGUUUUGUAUUAACAGAUCGCUGCUCUCCGGAGUAUUGCAAUUUCGCCGGAGAAUGUCAAAUAGUGAAAAACAAACCAAAUUGCAGCUGCUAUGAGGACGCAUUUCAAGGAAAAUACUGUGAGCAAGUCAAGAAUCUGUGCAAGACGACAAAAAUCAGCUGCCCCAGAAACCAGAUCUGUGUUCCCUAUGUAGGCCAGGCUGUUUGCAGCUGCCAGCCACAAAUAAGGACAUACAAAUGCAGUCUCUCUAAGCCCCUGUGCAGUUACAAUAUACGAGUGGUCUCUGGCAUGGAGGAGCCUAUUGUGUUGAGCUUUCAGCAGCUUAGCGCAGACCCCUUGGAAAUAACCAUAUCGACGCCAACAUAUAUGAUUGCCUAUUUGCCACGAUCGAAGCCUAACGGAAGUCGUUAUACAAACAAUCUAACAGCAACGCUACACGACUUGGGUAUCAGGAGACAUAUGAAGCCGCCGUACAACGAUGCGUACUAUUACGUAUUUAAGGCAAAGCAUUACACUGUGGGCGCCAAUCAAUUGACAGUGAAGAUCAAGUCCUUUGGCAAGGCAAGAACGAAAACGUUGGCAUCUUUAUCGCUAAUGGUGCACGUAGUGACGCCCAGAUUCUGCAUACCGCACGUUGUGUUCCAGCACUGCAUGGAUCCAAAUAAGCCCAGGCUAGUCGAUGUCGAACACUUUUGCAACUUACAAGGAAUUGUGGAGAAGCAUUGCAUGUCUUCCAGCCCCAGUCUGCAAGCCCAGUGGGCGGUUUACAGCUUUUUUAAUAACUCUGACAGCUAUAUCCUAGUGGACGGGAAAGAUCUGAUGCUUAAGAUACCCCGCUAUACCCUGUGGAAAGAAUCUCUACUGAGUUUCUACCCCGAUCUGUUAGUUUCAGUGGAGCUUUCAGUUAAGGAGGAGCAUGGACCCUGGGUGCAUACAAGAUGCUACUUAAAUAUGACAGCGCGAAAUGUGAUUGCUAAUAUAGCCGGAGGACAGUAUAGGGAAAUCAGUAAUCAAAGUGAGUGGCUGACGCUUGAUGGCUCCCAAAGUCGUGAGCCCGGACAAAGCGGAAGCGCCUCUCAACAACUAACAUAUACUUGGACCUUGAGGUCCAGUAGUGAGCCUAAUGAGGUAGAUAUUAGCGUUGAGAGCUCCGAUCCGAGGCUAACAGUUCCGACUAAUAUUCUGAAGGUAGACGAAGAAAACAUAAUCACCCUGAAAGUGUCAAACAAAUUUGCGAAAGCACGCACCAACAGCAUCAGCCAAGUUAUUGUAGUAGUUAGCCAUAAUGAGCUUCUCAGUGUAGAAAUAGAAUGUGUCAGGAAUUGCCAAAGGAACUUCUAUGCCGUCGAUCAAGUGUUGCACCUGCGUGCCGUAUGCCUCACUUGCACUGACUAUUGCAGUUACAAAUGGACACUGAACGGCGUUGAUGCGCAGCAGAAUAAAAAACGAUUGGUAACACGGUUGGCAGCUGGUUUGGUGGGUCAAUUGACUGUCAAACUGAGUGUCAUGGAUCAGGCGGGCAACGGGAACACCGAGUUAAAGUUGCAACAAGCGCAGCCACCACAAGGCGGCAGUUGCACAAUUCAACCAUCUACUGGCGAGGAAUGCGUUACCAAGUUUCAUAUAAGUUGCCAGAACUAUGCUUCAGCGCAUCAGGAGCCGAUCCUGUACACCUUUAGAAUGGGUCACAUUUAUGUUGAGAACAUCAACUCGGGCGAAACAUUUCUUUAUCUGAAUGGGCGAGACUUACUGACUGUUCGCAUUUGUACCUAUUACUUGGCUUGCACAGAUGUCCAGAUACCCGUUACGGUUCUUAGCCAAGAAUUCAAUGAGACCCCCAACAUAGUUGCAAUGUUAAGGGAGGGACGUAGACAAGAGGCGUUCUGCGUCUUGCACCUGCUUUCAUUUAGUCCAGAAAACAUGACUACUUUUACAGAUUCCGAUGACUCCUUCAGAAGUGAACUAUCGUUUGCAGCCUUGGAAAUGGUAAAUUCACUUGAAAUUGCGAAUAAUUCCCUUUCAACACUGAAAUCAUCGGAAAGACUGGAACUUCGAGCUGUAUCUCAUAUUAUUAAAAGAGCGGAUUUUAUUUUUAAUUUUGUUCGCGAGGAUACGGAAAUUUUAGAUCUGACUGAAGAUAUUUGCCUGGAUUUGGGCAAGCUAUUAACCUAUAUACUUACAUACUUUACGAUCUCGGAUAGGGAAAUUCUGGAACUAAAUUCGUUUCUCACGCAAGACAAAGAUUUAUUCCAUGGAGUCUCUGUCAAUUGGACACGGUUAGAUCAUAAUAUUGUAUUACGAGUAAGUACACUUGUUUCAAUUGUAAAGGGAAUCUUCUCAAUGUGGCACAAAACUGGGGAACAAUUGACUCGUUACAUUCAACCGGAGGAGCCCUUUGAUUAUGUCCUAAAUAACAUUAGCUACAGAGUGGAAAUGCAUGAUGCAUACAAGCCCAUCGAACAUGAAUCAAACAACACGUCCUGCUAUAUAACCUCAUCUCUGCAAACGAUUAAGAUACUGCGCAAGAUGCUUCAGACCAACUAUCUGCUCUUUUACACUUGGUGCUUCACGUUCGAUAUAUUCUGGUGGGUACCAAGGACUAUGUCUCCAACAAGCGCCACUAUAGCCUUCAAUAUUAUGGGCCGUAAUUCUCCCAAUAAUGAUAUAACAGCUAAAUCAAAUAAGUUGAUUUUAUUUAAAUUAGGCUUAGAGCGUCUUUCGAACACCGCAGAAUACGAGGAAUCGAAUGUGAUUUUUGACCAUGCGAUAUCUUAUAAGCUAAGAUUACAAGGUAAGGCUAAUUUGGUAGUCAAGCUUUUAAGAUCCUCAGCCGACCUGCGGGUGCUAGUUGCAAUGAAUGUUAAGCCGGUACUACGCAAUAUUUACGACCAGAGCUUCUACUUUCCAAAGGGCUUUAGAAGCAGGACAAUUAUUUUGAAUAAUCAUUGUAGAGAGGACGGCAUAGUUUACGUAUUAAUAUAUAAGGUCGCCAAAGACCCGGAACCAGCCAACUUCUCAUUGCGCUUCAGUGCCCAAAAGCUCAGUGCCUUCGAUAUAUCCAACGAAAGUCCGCGUUGGGUGAAAGUUGAAUGCAAUCUAAGGACUAUGGUACGCAAAUCUAAUUACUCGCAAUGCCAAGUGCAUUAUUUGUCGAUAUUUUCCGCCGCGGCGUAUAAGGCAGAACCGAUGUCCAUCAAACAAGUAUCCAGUAAUCUGUUCAUAGCCCCUCUUAACUUAGUUUUCGUGAUGUUUUACUGUUUGAUUAUCUUAGGCGUGAUUGUCAUAUUGUCCUGGGUCACGUUACGUGCUCGCCGUAAGAAGAAGAAUUUAAUACGUGUCAUAAGAUGGAAACGAGAUGAAGAGGACCCAAGUACGGAGAAUAUCAUUGUGCAUUUGCAAACGGGCGGACGCCUUUUAAGCUCUACAACAGCGAAUGUUAAACUCAUAUUUAUAUCAGAUCUUGGACGCUACAAGGCAGUCGUAUAUCAGAAUCCCGUAAAUCCGUAUUUGGAACUAAACACUUCUUGCAUGCUACGGCUCAGUGACACGAGAGUCCAAUUGCCCUGUCGAUUGAUAAUUAGCCAUGAUACUUCCGGCCGAUUUCCAUCGUGGUACUGUCGGUCCAUUCAAGUGGACGAUCUACGGAACAAUUUAAGCUAUACGUUCCUGCUACAUUGUUGGAUACGGCGUGGUCAAAAGGUAAUGGUCUCAUGUAAUCCGACGGAACGCAAGACUAUUUUAAAUCAGUUGCAUCGGGUAAAAGACGCCAAAGGAAGUUUGCUAUUCAUACGAAGAUUCCGAUAUUAUAUUCGGUUUUAUUUUACGGACUGGUUCAUGAUGCAACCCCUUUUUGGACCCUGGCGCUACACUGACGAGUCCCUCGACGUGUACCAACGCACCUGUAUAUGGUUAUUCAAAGCGAUUAUUACAAUAACCGUCGUAGUCUGCUUCUACAGAAAGAGUACAUUUUACAACAGCUUCAAGUUCCAGAACGACUUGACGUUAUUAGGUAUGACUGAUUUUGUACUACUCGCUUUCGGCAGUUACAUGUUGACGCUUCUUUUAACUUUCUGUUUGCAACAUACAACACAGCCAUAGAUUGAGUUAACGGAAAACAAUUGUAAUUGCUUGAUUAUGUAUGAUUUUGAAUGUCAUGAAAAUAAA